CUGCGUAAGUCGACUACGAUGUUAUUGUUAUUUUUUAUGUCGUUUAGAAACCAAAUUAUUAAUUUUCACUUUUUUCGUCCUCUCCUGUAGUGAAAAACGAAAACCUUCCUUAUCUUUUAAACCUUUGUAAAACUUCGUUAAGUCGUAAAAUCGUUUACUCGCUAGAAAAAAACAUCAAUAUCAUUUCUAGCCCGCCCGUACGGUUGUCGUCCUGUUCGGUCAAGUGUGUGCGCGUAUGUGUGUUUAUGUCUGACGUGCGCGUCUGCCGUGAAAAACAAGUGCAAGUGAUGGCCUACCGACCUACAUCGUUGUCAUUUGUGGGAAAUGUCGUGGAAAAAUGACGGCUCAAUUGUCAAAGUUCACAUCAGCCAUCAUGGUUGGAGACGAAAACGUUGGCGGAGGAGGUAACUGCAGUAACACUGAAUCAAACAGCGAACGUGAAGAUCAGACUGAACGGGUAGUGUUGAUAGCGUUUAAAAUGGAAGGCAGCGAUGGCGAUACGACAGCGAUUGCUGCGGGUCCGUCAACUCAGCGAGACGACGUGGCCCUGGAACAUAUGACAGCGCCUUUUUCCGAUGAUUCUGCAGAUCAAAAGUGUAUGGACCUUAGCAAUUUAAAUGAAAGCGAUCAAACAUUUAUUGAUGAUACAAAAUGCAUGGACUUAAGUCAAUUGAGCGAUGACGAUCGUGGGUUCAUCGAAGGUAGCAACGGCGGCGUGUCCGGAUCUAUGGACGGACUUCAACAGUACGUGACUGUGAAUACGGCCGGCGGUGGAACUCCCGUGUCUGCGACCACCAUCAACCCGUCUGCCAGUUCCGAGUUGCCCGACACCAAAGAGGGCAUCGAGGAACUUUGCCCCGUUUGCGGAGACAAGGUGUCCGGUUACCAUUAUGGCUUGCUCACUUGCGAGUCGUGCAAAGGGUUUUUUAAGCGUACCGUGCAGAACAAAAAAGUUUAUACGUGCGUCGCUGAACGAUCCUGUCACAUAGAUAAAACUCAAAGGAAGCGAUGCCCGUUCUGUCGGUUCCAGAAGUGCCUCGAAGUCGGCAUGAAACUAGAAGCUGUCCGUGCCGAUAGGAUGCGAGGUGGCAGAAACAAAUUUGGUCCCAUGUACAAACGGGACAGGGCGAGAAAACUACAAAUGAUGCGGCAACGACAAAUGGCCGUCCAAACUAUUCGCGGCGGAGUUGUUACUUCGGCUGCAGCCAAUAAUCACCAUCAAUUCGCUAUGUUGGCAGCUGGGGACGCCGUUACGCUGGGCCAAUAUCCGGGAUCGACGAUAACGUCCACCGGAUCAAAUUUACACAUCAAACAGGAAAUCCAAAUACCCCAGGUGUCUUCGUUGACGUCGUCGCCCGAUUCAUCGCCAAGUCCCAUCGCAGUAGCGCUGGGGCAAGCUGGGCUUGGAUCUCUGGCAGUUGCAGCCGCAACGACGUGCGCUGUCAAUCAACAUUCACAGAUGACGCUGCAAAUCGUCGCUUCGGCUAAUGGCAAUAACAACAACAACAACAACAACAACAAUAGUAGUAACAAUAAUAAUUCGGUCAGUAAUAUGAACGCAGCAACCGGACAACCGCAGCAACAUCAACAUCAUCAGCAGCAGGCGCAACAGCAGUCGCAACCGCAGGGUGCCGGGGCUCCCGGAUCGCUCAUAUCGGUCAACAAAAUGUGGUCACCGCCAACUUCGCCCAAAAAUUACCUGCUAGCCGCUACUACCCAUCAACAGCAGGCACAGCAACAACAACACCACGUCAUGGACAACGGCGGUAGUUCGUCGGCCACCACGCCGACCGGUGCAACCGCUGCCGGUGGACAGACUGGCGGCCACAAAGGCAUGUCGCCCGUCAUCCGGGAAUUCGUACAAGGCCUGGACGACCGGGAGUGGCAAAGCUCGUUAUUCGGUCUUCUACAAAGUCAAACUUACAACCAGUGUGAAGUGGACUUGUUCGAACUCAUGUGUAAGGUACUCGAUCAAAAUCUUUUCUCCCAAGUGGAUUGGGCGAGGAAUUCAGUAUUCUUCAAAGAUCUGAAGGUGGACGAUCAAAUGAAGUUGUUGCAGCAUUCGUGGUCGGAUAUGUUGGUGUUAGACCACAUCCACCAGCACAUGCACAACAACCUGGCCAACGAGAUCAUGUUGCACAACGGACAAAAGUUCGACUUGCUCGCCCUGGGCCUCUUGGGAGUGACCACAAUGGCCGAUUGUUUCGCCCGGGUCGUCGAACGACUCCAGGAGCUCAAGUUCGACGUUGGCGACUACAUUUGCUUAAAGUUCCUGUUACUUUUGAACCCCGACGUCAAAGGGAUCGGCAACAGUAAACACGUCCAAGAAGGUCACGAACAAGUGCUUAAGGCCCUGCUGGACUACUGCAUCACAGCGAAUUCUCAAGUGCAGGACAAAUUCACCAAACUUUUGUCCGUCUUACCAGAUAUCCAUCACAUAGCCACCAGGGGCGAAGAGAGUCUGUACAUGAAACACUGUAGCGGAGGCGCUCCAACGCAAACGUUGCUCAUGGAGAUGCUGCACGCUAAGCGAAAAUAAAAUACCACACGCAUUGUCAUCGAUGAACACCCACCAAAAAUUUUAUGGAAGGGACCCGUGCUUCGUAUACAAGUUCAUACGAGUGGCCACAACUUAUACCCAAAAUCGCGAAAAACGAAGAUGAAGCCGCUUCCAGUGGCAGUCUCGUUACCAUGACAACUACAAUAUAUUUGAGUUUUACAGAGUUACCAACUGAUCUCGUCGACAGCGUCAUUACAUACGUACGCGAUGUUGGUCAAAACUACUCUCACACACACCACACAUACAUUUUUACACACUUACAUAUUCACACACAAAUACACACAUAAAUAUUAUUUAUUAUUAAUUUUAUUAUUAUUUAUUUUUAUUUGAAAUUUUAAAAUGAUUGACAAAUAAUCCUUCCGAUGACUAAUAAAUUUUAUAAGUGCAUACGUGCACAACCACCAAUAAUAAUAUUUAAAAAAUAAGUUUGUAAUGUAUAAAUACUAUACAUACACUUUUGUAUAUUGUACGAAACACAUAUUAUAUGUAUAUAGUUAUAUAUUAAGAAAUUAGGUUAGGUAUUUAAUGUUUGGUUACCAAAUCUCAAAAGGCCAGUAAACGGAGAUGUGCUCAAAGUUUAAACAAUUUGAAAUGAUUAUAUUAUUACUACAUAUAUUUAUUUUAAUAGCCGAUCAGUUCCUACACACUGUUCCAGUUAUAAAUAAUACACGUAUAAGAUUCCAUUUGACAUGAGCAGUUUAUAUAUUUAUAAUUAUUUUCUUUUAUUUUUCAAUUUCUUGUAAUGAUUAUGAAGUUUGGAAAACAAUUUUUUUAAAAGAGACCAUGAUAGUGUGAAAAUGAUAGCUAUUUUUAGUAUUCAACAUGUAAUUAAUUAAUUUUUAAUUAUAAAAAUCAAUUUUGAAUACUCCAAAUAGUAAGAGUGGACAAUGUAUACCAUAUAAUUUAUAAUAACUGCACUCUUGUAUUUUAUUCCCUCAGAGAUAACUUUUAUAUGAAGAAUUGAGAAAUAUUUUUUAAAUAUGAAUUAUUAAAUGUUUAAAACAACCAUUGCCUCUAAAACAAGAGUACAAAAAUAUUUUUCUAAACAUUUAUUGAAUAUUUUACUGUUUUCCCCAUUAGCUAUUAGUAUUGGUUUUCAGGGAUAUUUGGGCAUAAAAUGUAUUUUUCAAAUUCUGGAUUUUGUGUAAAAAAUUUUAUUAAAAACAUUCCGUCUGUUCUAAAUUUAAUCUACAAACAAAAUACCUAAAGUUAUUGUAUAUUUUAUACUUUUUUCUCCUGGUAGAAGGUGAUGGACAAGUUUUAGAGUUCGCCUUAAUUAUCUCCUGUAUUUUAAUUAUUAUUGUAUUUUAACAUAAAUAUAAUAGAUGUUUAAGCUUAAAGAUUUAUUUAUUUAUGAGUGUAUUUUUAGAAUUUAGUGCAUAUAUUAUAUACCUUUGUGGUUCAUAAUGUUAAGCUUUGAAAAUAUUUAUUUUAAAAAUAGUAAUUAAAAAAAAUGAAAUUUAUAAACAAGAAUGAUUGUAUGAAACUAUGAGUUACCGUUUAAAAUUUUAUAAGUAAUAUUUACUAUGUACUUGCUCAUUGUUUAUUUUCUUGCUGUAUUGUUCGUUAAUUGUUUGAAAGUACGCACACAUAUAAGAUUCCUACAUCCCUCUUAAAUAGUUCUAUUUUUUUUCUACAGAGAAUCUGUUUGGUUACCAUGUGUUAUAUUUUGUAUAGGCCUGUAUGUCUUCCUUAAUACCAUUCAUGCUUUGGGGCUUUUACACAUGGUAACAAAAAGAGUUAAGAGAUGGGAUGAUGUUAAAGUGAAAUUUUUAUAGUGAUCAACUAAAAUAUAACAGAAUGAUUUUCAAUAUUUUACUCUUAUAUUUGUUAGUGAUUAUAUAGUUGGGAAAAGAUGUUUAAUCAUAAUUUUAAAUAAAGCGUCCAGGGUUUUCGUAUGAAUUCGUGAUCAAACAUUGUGAUUGAAUAUUUUUAAAUGAUAUAAUAUGAUGUAACGCAUUAUAAAAUAUAUUUUGAAAGUAUGAUGUUUAUUAAUCUAUAUUAAAAUAUAAUAUAUUUUUUUUUAAUGAAUAAAAUGUUUAAGUUUUUAUUAUCGUUUUAAAAUAUCUGUUGGUUCUUUUGUUCUCCAUUUACAUUAUUAUAUUAUUAAAAUUAUUUUUAUUCUAUUAUUAUAAUUAUCAUAAUAUCAUUAUUAUUAUUUUAUUAAUUAUUAUAACUAUUAUAUUUGACACCAUUAGUACAGCCUUUUCUGAUGUUAACCUUGCUUAGUGCGUAAGCUUUGUAUUUUUAUUUUUGUCUUUAGUGUAGAUUAUAGCUGUAAAACUAAAAAGUUAUAAAUAUGUAUAAUAAUUAAUAUAAAACAAGCAAAAACAGUUUCAUAAAAAUGUAUCUUGUUUUUUUGUUUUUUUUUUUUUUGAAAAAUUAUUUAAAAAUAUAUUUUUAA